UCAACGCAGGAAAGAUUCAAGAAAUAAACAAAGAGAACCAUUUCAAUAUGGGCAUUAGGAGUUUCUUCUCUCUCUUUCUCCUAUCUGUGACAAUCCCAUACGCCAUGGCUUCUGAUCCAAGCCCUCUUCAAGAUUUCUGCGUCGCCGUUAACGACCCCGCAAACGCUGUGUUUGUGAAUGGCAAGAUCUGUAAGGACCCGAAGCUCGUCACGCCAGAAGACUUCUUCAAAGCAGGCUUCAACAAUGCGGGAAACACGAACAACCGAGUUGGAUCCAAUGUAACGGCUUUCAACGUUGGCAACCUUGCAGGGUUGAACACGCUCGGGAUAUCGCUCGUCCGUAUAGACUAUGCACCGUUCGGACAAAACCCUCCUCACACUCACCCACGUGCGACUGAAGUGCUUGUUGUCCAAGAGGGAACUUUGUACGUAGGGUUUGUCUCGUCGAAUGGAGAUGGCAACCGUCUCUUCACCAAAACACUCAACACUGGCGAUGUUUUUGUCUUCCCCGAAGGACUCAUCCAUUUCCAAUUCAACCCCACCCAUUCUAAGGCCGUUGCUUUCGCCGCUCUGAGCAGUCAGAAUCCUGGUGUCAUCACGAUCGCUAACUCAGUUUUCGGGUCUAAACCCGCGAUUGACCCGAUCGUCCUCUCAAAGGCGUUCCAGUUGGAUGUUAACGUGGUAAAGAAUCUUCAGACCAAAUUCUGAUCCCGUGGCAAGAGACAUUAUCUUCUGAGUUUUUAUUAAUAAUGUUCCUAUGAAUAAUGAUGAUGAAUGUGUGUCGAGAGACAUUGUAUUUCAGAAUUUUCAUUAAUAAUUUCCCUAUAUAUAUGAAUAACGAUGAUGUAUGCGUGUCUGUUUAAGAAAAAUUUACUGUUCGAACUGUUGUCUCUCCUCAAUGUUUUUCAAUGUUGCAAUGCCUUUGAAAGUUUCUGUU